GCGGUACGUAGGCUUGAUGUGCUGUAGCUCCGCAAUCUCGUCAUCGGCAUUCCACGGAUUCUGUGUUGCCAGGCGCUAUCGUCUGUUUAUGAUGGAUACAAGAUCUUGCACCCAUCCAUACGGCUGGCGACCCAAAAGGUCAAGCUACCGCUCUUGACCUCUCGACAGCUUACCAAAGUUCAGCUUGGUGUGAUCUCGUGGCAAAGCGCAAACAUGCUCAAACUACCAAUACCCACAGAGAGCCUCCGCUACAACGAACCUGUGCCAUUCCGACUCCAAGUCGACAGAGAGCUCCUCGACAUCACCAAGCGAAAGCUUGCUCUGGCGCGGUAUCCUGAGGAGCAGACUGAUUUCGGCGAGCAUGACUGGACGCAAGGAGCAAAAGUCUCCUCAGUACGAGACUUAGCCGAUUAUUGGCGGGAGAAGUAUGACUGGGAAAAGCAGGAGAAUGAACUCAACAGCGUCUUCAACCAUUUCCUUGUCAAGCUGAAUGUGCCCGAGUAUGGCCCGCUCGUCAUCCACUUUACCCACGCUCGAUCCUCCAAGCGAACGGCCAUUCCCCUGCUUUACUCCCACGGCUGGCCUGGCUCCUUCGUGGAGGCUGUCAAGGUCGUUGAAGAGCUCAGCAGUCCGAAAGACAACAACGUCCAGGCUUUUCAUGUCGUGGCCCCCUCCAUACCGGGGUUCGGCUUCUCCCCUGCGCCGCUCAAGUCUGGCGUUGGUCCGAACAUCGUCGCUCGAGCAUAUCAUAUCCUGAUGACGGAAGUCCUUGACUAUCGGUGGUUUGCCACGCAGGGUGGUGAUUUUGGAUCUUUCAUCACUCGUUCGGUGGCCAUACAGUAUCCUCAGUCGGUGGUUGCGCAACACCUCAACAUGUUUCCUGUUCCUCCGCCGACUCUAUGGACAGCGCCGCUUGCCUACAUUCGCUGGACACUCAGCAGCGUCCUGUAUUCCCAAUUCGAGAAGGAUGCGUUGGAGAUAAGGCGGAAUUUUGAGAUUGAUCAGAGUGGCUAUCUUGAACAGCAGAAGACACGCCCGCAGACGUUGGGUUUUGCCCUCGGAGAUUCUCCUGUUGGUCUCCUCGCUUGGUUUGUGGAGAAGUUUCACGACUGGGUCGACUGUCAUGACGCAUUCUCCAAAGACGACAUCAUCACACUGGUCAUGAUGCAUUGGAUUCAAGGAGCGACGCCCGGUCUGAGAUUCUACUGGGAAGCGUUCGGUCGCGGCAUGCGCGAAGCCGAGAGAACGUUCGAAAUUUACGUGGCCGCUCCCACGGGAGUGAGCAUGUAUGCGAAGGAACAGCUCCAUUGUCCAAGAGACUGGGCCACACAAGCAGCCAACGUCUGCUUCUGGCGAGAGUACCCUCGAGGUGGUCAUUUCUCGACGUUGGAGCGCCCUGAUGCAUUUGUCAGAGACAUGAGAGAAUUCUUCACCAUGUCGACUGUACAGGCCGCGAUCAAGCGUCAUGUUGCUCUACAGUCAAAGCAUGCAUGAUCGCAAUCCUCCAAAACCUAUACCAUGCGCGUUGCGUGCCCACUAGUCCUCCGCAAGUUUCCAAGAUGGAAGGAAAGUCUUCUUGGCGCCUACGUGCCCCGUACUGUACGGUGCACCCAAAGUGAAAGAGAGUAGCUUGUGCGCGCCGAGCCGACUGCAACAGCUAACAGACAAACGAAACUGUCACAGUCGAGGUCAAAGUCGAAGUCAAAAAGGUGAACUCAUGAGAUCUGAACUCCCGCAUUAUAUAGCAGUAACUUUAUAUGUCGAUUGCACGGC